AUGCCCCGCAAAAAAACGAAGCCGAUCAGAUCACUUGAAAUUGAAAAUCAAGGAGACAGCGUUAAAAUAAACCCUGAAAAUACUUUAAUAUAUUGCGAAGAGAACAUAAAGCAAGAGCCGUCAGAUAAUGAACAUGAAGUUGGGGCAAAACUAGAUCUAAACAGAUUUAAAUAUCAAAAGAAAGUAAAAAUUGAAUUUGAAACGGAUGAAACACCAAAGGAAGCAAAAGGUUUAUGGGAACCGCCUCAAUGGAGAAUGUUUUUGGAAAAUUUAAAAAUGAUGCGUUCUAAUAAUGAUGCUCCAGUUGAUUCUAUGGGCUGUCAUAUGACAAUGGAUGAGAAUGCACCACCACAAGUAAUUAGAUAUCAAACACUUAUUUCCCUGAUGCUAUCAAGUCAAACAAAAGAUCAAGUGACUUUUGCUGCCAUGGAGAGACUUAAAGAGAGAGGUCUGACUGUGGAAAAUGUGCUCGCAUUGAGUGAUGAAGAGUUAGGUAAAUUAAUCUAUCCUGUAGGGUUUUGGAAAAUAAAAGUGAAAUACAUAAAAAAAACUACAGAAACACUAAAAGAUCAGUACAAUAGCGACAUUCCAGAUUCUGUGGAAAAGCUUUGCAAGCUUACAGGAGUGGGGCCUAAAAUGGCACAUAUUUGUAUGAAAGUUGCUUGGAAUAAAGUAACUGGUAUUGGUGUUGAUACUCAUGUUCAUCGAAUAAGUAACAGAAAUGGCUGGGUCAAAAAAACAACUGCUAAGCCAGAAGAUACUAGAAAAGCUCUAGAAUCAUGGCUACCUUUUGAUUUAUGGAGUGAGGUCAAUCAUUUAAUGGUGGGAUUUGGUCAAACUAUUUGUUUACCAGUUGGACCAACCUGUGAUAAGUGCCUUAAUAAAAACAUUUGCCCAUCAAGUGGAAAAUUAAAAAGGUCUCCCAACAAAAAGUCCCCAGUUAAAAAGAAUCCUGAAGACAUAAAAAUUUGUUCGAAGUCCAAGCUUCAAAAUGAAUUAUUGAUCAGUGAACAAAUGCCACAGUUCUCAGAAAAAGAAAAUGAUUUGAAACCGACAGUAAAUACUGAAAGAAGUAACAAUCUUGCUUACAAUAUGCUACAGUCUGAAAUUCAAGCUCAACAUGCUGUUGAGCAAACAGCUGAAAGUGACCAUUGCAGUAAUACUGUCCCUGCAUCAGAGACUAUGCACUUCAAAAGAAAGUCUACCCCAAAUAAGAAACAAAGAGAUGAAAAUGAUGGGGCAUUAGAAAAAAAUAAAAAAAACUUAAGAGUAAAGAAGAAAAGAACC